GGGAAAGCGCUCUCUUUUCCUUUGCAGGGCUGCGGCGCGGUGGCCGCGGUGCUUGUCUCUCUGAGCUAUCCGGUGCCAUCCUCGUCGCUGCGGCGACAUCUCCACCCGCCGCUGCCAUGACUGAACAGAUGACCCUUCGUGGUACCCUCAAGGGCCACAACGGAUGGGUAACCCAGAUCGCUACUACUCCGCAGUUCCCGGACAUGAUACUAUCCGCCUCUCGAGAUAAGACCAUCAUUAUGUGGAAGCUGACCAGAGAUGAGACCAACUAUGGUAUCCCACAGCGUGCUCUGCGGGGUCACUCCCACUUUGUUAGUGAUGUGGUCAUCUCCUCAGAUGGCCAGUUUGCCCUCUCAGGCUCCUGGGAUGGAACCCUGCGCCUCUGGGAUCUGACAACGGGCACCACCACAAGACGAUUUGUAGGCCAUACUAAGGAUGUGCUGAGUGUGGCCUUUUCUUCUGACAACCGGCAGAUUGUCUCUGGAUCCCGAGACAAAACCAUAAAGUUAUGGAAUACUCUGGGUGUUUGCAAAUACACUGUCCAGGAUGAGAGUCACUCGGAGUGGGUGUCUUGUGUCCGCUUCUCACCCAACAGCAGCAACCCUAUUAUUGUCUCCUGUGGCUGGGAUAAGCUGGUCAAGGUGUGGAAUUUGGCUAAUUGCAAGCUGAAGACGAACCACAUUGGCCACACCGGCUAUCUGAAUACUGUGACUGUCUCUCCAGAUGGAUCCCUCUGUGCUUCUGGAGGCAAGGAUGGCCAAGCCAUGCUGUGGGAUCUCAACGAAGGCAAGCACCUUUAUACACUAGAUGGUGGGGACAUCAUCAAUGCCCUGUGCUUCAGUCCCAACCGUUACUGGCUCUGUGCUGCUACAGGCCCCAGCAUUAAGAUCUGGGACUUGGAGGGCAAGAUCAUUGUAGAUGAAUUGAAGCAAGAAGUUAUCAGUACCAGCAGCAAGGCAGAGCCACCCCAGUGCACCUCUCUGGCCUGGUCCGCUGAUGGCCAGACCCUGUUUGCUGGCUACACAGACAACCUUGUACGAGUAUGGCAGGUGACCAUUGGCACUCGCUAGAAAUUUUAUGAGCUUCACAAAUAAAAAGAAAAAAAAACUGGCUUUCUA